AUGCCAGUGCCAUCCGUGAACCAUAACCGAGAAGAAUCUCUUCCAUACCCUGGCCCUUCAGUUCCUGACUCUACCACCUCUCUUUCCUCUACACGCUUUCGCGCUUCCUCUUCCACCACCAGCUUCCCCCCUACGACUGAUCCGCCUACCUCCUCGACCACCACCACCACCACCUUCACUGGGUCAGUCGUCGGCUCGAUCUCCCGCCGCAACCGUCGCUCUUUUGCUGCCUUGGCCCAGAAAACCUCCAGUGCCUUAGCAAGCCUGUCGACCAUUUCCACUAGUUCACAGCCUCCAACGUACAACACCCCCGCCACUCUGCGAUCCUCCAACUCUUCUGGGAGCCUUUCCAAACUCACCAAAUCGAGCACCUCGACCCCCUUGACCCCGCCAUUUGACGGAGAUCCCUACGAGCAAUUGCCUGCCUCGCGCUCGGUUUCCCCGGAAUCCUCCUUGCAAAGACGGCGCUUGACGCUGCAGCGCGUCCCGACUCCCCCUCACGACCUUCGUCCCGUUCCUCCGGGCGCUGCGCCAACUGCGCCUCCCAAGAUGCACCAGACUUCGUCCAGACUGUUGCGCAUGACCGAAGAUGAGCGCCCUUUCACCAAGGAUUUUAUGGACUUGUUCUCCACCUUGAUGGUGAGUUUGAAGUUGGAUUCCCACCGGGUCCGCUUCACGAGAUAUGACCACACCUUUACCUCCGAAGAAGCGAUCAACAACUUGGGAUCCCUCAAAUUCUCCCAGUCAAACCGUAUGCCGGACCCUAAGGACCCUUCGCGCAUCGUGACUACUACGACAACCACUACCUUCUCCAUGGCCAAGGAAAUGGCGCGCUCCGUCUGCCAGCGCUUUGUGGAUGCCCGCUUUAUCGAGGCCGUCGAUGGCAAGGCUCUGCCGAUCUUCCCGCUCAAGGGCGCCCUCUUCCAACUUACCCCCAAGGGUAUCAACAUUUUGCAGCGCUUUUGCCAGCGCAAUGGAAUCACCGCUCGUCACGUGAUGGAUGUCCUGGAGUCGCCGCGCAACACGAUGCAAUUGGUGAACUUGGAGCGAGACACGGAUACCGAUAAGUUGUCGCAUGACCGCGCCACGAUCGAGGUGAUUUUCCGCCGGUUCGCAGGACAGGAUGGCCCCAACAUCAAGAGCAGCAUUUCCACGUCAGACUCCGACUCGCUCAGUGACUAUUCGAACGGCAUUAUUGGAGUGAAAAUGGCACGCGAGCGCAAGUUGCAGGAUGGCAAGAUUUACACCAACACGUUUACUGGAAAGGGCGCGGUGGAUUGGUUGAUGGACUGCUCGACCACUAUCGAGCGCCGGGAGACUUGCCUCAUUGCCGAGCUUUUCCUCAAGUAUGGCUUGAUUACGAUGAUCCAGGACGACAAGUCCUUCCCCGACUCCAACGCCGUUUUCCAGCCUUCCAAGUACGCCAUCUACUGCAUCACCGAGCGUGGCCAGCGGGUGUGUGGAUGGAUUGCUCGCGACAAGCCUCGCGACAACUCCGGCACUUACGACAACCGCGGUAUGCCCCGGGAUUCCAACAACGCUCGUCUGACCCACAUCCUGCAAGACCCCGCCCUUCGUCUCCUGUUCCGCGAAUUCCUGCGCUACUCUCUGUGCGAAGAGAACCUGUCUUUCUACCUCGACGUGUCCGAGUUCACUGCCAACUACCACAAGGCCGAGAAGACUGGCACUUUUAACAAGGUGGAUUCGGUUCGGGAAACAUUGGCCGCUGCUUAUGGUCUGUACAACGCGUUCCUGGCUCCUGGGUCACCUUGCGAGCUGAAUAUCGACCACGCCCUACGCAACAGCCUGGCCAGCCGUAUGACCAAGGCUGUUGGUGACGACGAAUCCAUGUACAAGAGCCUUCAGGAGGUUGUGCAUCUCUUUGAGCUUGCACAGACUUCCGUCUUCAAGCUGAUGUCAAGUGACUCCGUCCCGAAGUUCCUUCGUGAUCCCAAGUACUCCGUUGUCCUGCAGGAACACGACGUCGACAUUUUCGGUGGCUCGCGCUCCUACUCUCCUACCCCGGGUGUCCCGGAACGAAGCAUGAGCCGGUCUGCCCGUUCAUGA